GAAAGAAGGAUCUCAACCAUGGCUCUGACUCACCCAGGUACCAAGAAAAGGAAGAAUAAGAAGAACCUGACCGGGCCACGCCUCGUAAAGUUAGCCACUCUAGCCCUCCAGAUCGACAAAGAGAAAAAAAGUUUCUGCAAAGCGUUACAGAAUGCCACCGAGGCAGCGAGGGCAGUGGACCAGCGCCUGUUCGAGAUGCUAGCCACCGUCAACGGCAAGCGAGACCUGAUCCAGACCAAGGGAUGUCGUGUGAUGGCCUUGAAAGAUGCUCUAAGGGAGGUGUAUGAGGCUGCUGUCGCUGUUAAGAGGGUGAAUGCUGAUCGCGAGGAGGCGGCUGGUGACGGUCAAACUACAAGCGAUUGCGUUAUCAAGCCUUGGGUCAUCAAUCCUAUGGACUCGAUCAUGGUUUACCUGGAAGGAAAUGACUCGGACAAGGUCGCAUCUGGAAAACCCUUGGAGGGCGAGAACAGGGACGAUGAUGGUUCUGCCGCUUCCUAUGCCGGAACUGGACUUACCUCCCUGGCCGACAUGACCAUGGCAUUGCAAGAUGUGGAGCGAAAUAUAUAUGACAAGGGUAAAAGGGAGGAUAUAACGAUGGAUAUGGUUGGCCUGGAUUUUGAGACUAGUCCAUCAUGUAUGGCUUUGGGGGUGAGCCUUUGA